UUGCUUAAGCCCAACGAAACUCGGCUCUAACGCAGAGGCUAAAAAAAAGUGGAUUUGGCUCCGGAAAUUACCUGAGACGUAGUUGACCGGACACCCACCAUAGAUGCCGACUCUCACGAAGCUCUAUACAAUGCAAGAAGCCUCGGAACACAACACCAAAGAUGACUGCUGGGUCGUCAUCGAUGGCAAGGUAUACGAUAUGACAUCUUAUUUGGAUGAGCAUCCUGGUGGAGAUGAUGUAGUACUUGUUGCAACUGGGAGAGAUGCCACAGAUGAUUUUGAAGAUGCUGGGCAUAGCGAAAGUGCAAAGGAGCUCAUGCAGACCUUUUGCAUUGGUGAGCUUGACACGUCUUCCUCGGCUAUCCCAGAACUUGAAAUUUCUUCCAAGAAGCAAACAGAUUAUGCCCAGAAGCUCAUGGAUUUUACAAAGCAAUAUUGGGUUGUUCCUGUAGCCGUUGUUGGUGUAUCUGUGGUAGUUGGCUUCCUGUACUUGCGAAAGAAGUAAUGCAAUACAGAUUUUUCUUAUUGGCUGCUGAAAGAAAACUGCUGUCACAAAUUUUGAAUAAUUAGAAGGACAGCAAUUAAGAGAAACUGGCCAAUUGUUCGGCACCAUUUUUCUAAAGUUUCAAAUAUUGGAAGCAAAACUUUCAAAAUAUGAUUGUUACAUUGGCAUAUGGAUGAUCAAAGUGCCGUCUUUUUUUUUUUUUUUUUGGUUCUGUUAUAGCAGGUAGUGUGGUUUGCCUUUUUCGAGCCUUGUAGCAGUUACCAUGUUCAACUAGAUGUAUGACAUUUCCCAUUCUUCAGUGGAAUAACAGAACCGUGAAUGCA